CCGAAAGAGCAGAUGCUACUUUCACUUCACCCAACAUAGAGCAGGAUCUGCAGCUUAUCAACGCCCGUGUCUGAGACUGUAUUUAAUGUUCGUCGUCCAGUUGUCGACAUUUGAAUACGAAGCCCUCCCAGUCUCAUUUAUGGCUAGUGUACUUAUUUCAUUGAACUACAAAGGUUUGGAAGAAAUUCCUCCGUCAAUGAUAAAUUCUCCUUUGACAGCAAACGUCCAGCAUUUGCACAUGAAAGGCAAUCGCUUGACUGAAUUGCCAGAGUCAAUCCACCUGUUUGAAAACUUAAAAGUGUUGUACCUGCAGAGCAAUAGAAUCAAGCUUCUUCCUAAUGCUGUUGGCGCUUUAAAGAAUUUGGAACUGUUGGAUGUAAGCUUUAACUACUUGGAGAGUCUUCCAGAAGAGAUUGGGGGUCUUAAAAAACUGAAAAAAUUGUAUGCAUUCAGCAACAGACUGAGGGAACUUCCUAAAUCAAUAGAGGCUUUGCAGAACCUUGAAGUUCUUGGCAUUAUGAAGAAUGAGCUGUCAUCUCUUCCACCGAGAGUCGGAAGUUUGACAGAGCUUGUAGAGUUGAACGUUGACAGUAACUAUCUUACGCAUCUACCAAAAGAACUUUGUAACUUAAACCGUCUACAGGAACUCUCAGCAGCCACCAACAACUUGAUGACACUGCCACAAGAUCUUGGAAGGAUGAAGACGCUGGUCAACAUCUUUGUAGACAACAAUCCUUUGUUAAACUGGCUUCCACUGUCCUUAAAGUCAAAGAAGGGCAAGAUAAAUAUUGGAGUUAAUAGAUGUGGCAUUGGUGACCUACCAGAACACACAGUUAGAGCAUAUCAGCUAGUGAACAUUAAGUGGAAGAAGUCUACAACGUCCACCAUUUUACCUAGAGAGAUUUCUCGCACCAUGUGUCCAGCCAACAUAGCAGCCCUGUCUUUGCCGCUUGUGCACUCUGCACGGACUAGAGACCCCUCAACUGAGGGGGUUGAGGCCACAGUGAGCCUGACACAUGAUGCCAAAUUUGUGAUCAGGGUGCCUACUUUGUUUGAGCUGACCUUGAGAACAUACUAUACUCUGUUAAGAAUGAGCAAACAUGUAUCAGGUAACUCGUGGACAAUUUUACCCAGAAAUAUAGAGGAUCUCCUACAGUGUCCCACGGCUCACUGUUGUCAGUGUACUCAAGUUCUGUUCACGUCGGCCAUCCCAUUCAUUUGUCAAGACAACUUUGAUCCUAAAAAACCAAACCAUUUGUUCCAUUUUCUCGGCCUCUGCUGCAGUGAACAAUGUUUCUACCAGGAGCUUGCUUCUCAUAUACAGUGAGCCUUAGAGUCAGUUUCCAAAACCUCUGCAUGGACAUAACAUAUAUAUUACAAAUGUAUAUGUAUCUUCUCCAAACCUCACUGCCAUUUUCUCCAUGUUAAAUGGAGAUUUUUGGUGCAGGUCAAACUUAUUGUCUCGAAGCAUGGUCUGGAGUCAGGAGAGAAGUCCAGAUGAAAGAGUCAUACCCGGUUCAUAUUGGCUUUGGUUUGCAGUGAUAGUCAAAACUCAAGAGGAUUAUUUCCUCUUGCAAAAGAACCUACAAAGAUAUUUUAAAAUCUGCAAAACACUGGAGCUAGUUACACCCGAUGAGAGAUGCGUGUCAGUGAAGGUACCUGGAAAUACACUGAAACUUGCUUUUGUGAACGCUACUGGUACAAAUAAUGAAAGAAGUUAAAUUAUUGUACAGUAAAUGACUGGUACAGAUAGUUAUAGCUAUAGCCAAGACAACUAUAAGUUUCAAUGUUUACAGUAAUGUAAUGUGGGUAAUAUAACAUCAUGUUGUCAUAAAGUAUUAUUACACUGAGUAACAAUAUGCUGAUAUGAGAAGUUAUAUUUGUCUUUUCUAUGCUUCUGGUUUCUAAAAUGGAUGUUCAGAAUACAUGUGAAGCAUCUGUUAACAACUUAUUGUUAGGUUCUUCCAUUCUACAUGUAUUACAUAUUAAUUUGU